CUCAUGCCAUAUAACAAGUCGAAACUUCACGAUUCUAGCAAAAAGUAAAUAAAAAUAAAUAAAAUUUAUUUGUUCACCUCUCUCUGUCCAAUACGCCUUCAACUGAAACAUCUCAACUAACGGAAGGCCAAUGUUCUUAUAUUUGUUAGAUCAAUGCCAUCGUUCCCACCACAAAGACAUACCAAGUAAAAGAAGAAAUCGUCAGGCAAACACCAUGAUUAGGCAACCACUGCCUCCACCACAUUCAGCAUUUCAACCCGAAUGGGCGGUGUCGGAAGAUGUCCGCGUCAAAUUCUUCAAAUGCGUUAGAUGGCAGCUUGAAGAAACCAUGGAUCCCAUUGACUGCCCUUAUCAUUACUUCUGCGACAGCAAUUACCCUGGCAACUAUCCACCUGCUGUGGACAUACUAGUAUUUCUCUUCACACUAGCCUCAUACUUGACAACCCUGGUCAUUAUGGUAAUGGACAUAUCAAGAAGAGGGCAGCCUUCCCUUGGUCAAUCAAAGAGAUACCUACUACCAUCUGGUCCAGUUUCCCUCCCAGUAAUCCUCUUGACACUGGCGAAAGGCCACCGAAUCGACGCCGUGUUUCCUCUCUCGAGCGUUGGCCCUGCAAUCCUCCAAUUGGUUCACAUUUCUGCUCUGACCUUCGACCAUGGGGCUAACAAAGACCUCAAAUAUGCUUUCUUUGAGGCAUCAACAAUUUCUGGAAUUUUACAUGCAAGCCUAUACCUGGACUCCAUUCUCCUACCUUACUAUACAGGUUUUGAUGCCCUAGUGACGUCAACCUUUUCAGGUGAGUGUGCAUCUUGUGUGUGUAGGAAUGAUGUUUUGAUUGUUGGAGGGUUGUUAGUGUCCUACAGAGGGUGGUCACUGACCACAUUUUCAGUUGUGGGUGUUCUAUGUUUAAGGAUGGUCUGCAGACUUUGUGGAGAGAAAACAGCCAAUAUUAUACUAAUUAGGCCGUGGCUGGAAAGUGUAGCUUGGAUCUUGAUAUUGAUGGACAGUGUUCAUCUAGUGACAAACUCCCCACCAGAAAGACCAACUUUGAGACUUGCUGCUUUUGGAGGUAUAUUCGUUUUGAUUUGCCUUCAUGUACUCAAAAGGGCAUGCACCCUCAUGAUAGAAUGGAAUACCAAGUGGAAGGAGUAAAGUCUCAUUUGCACCUCAAAGAGGAUAUACAAGGGCAAUUAUCAGGAGACACAAAUUUCAAAUGAAUUAGAGAUUUUAACGAGGAG